AUGGUUUUUCCGUUUUUUUUUUUUUUGGAUUGCGGCGAGUGUGCUCAUUACCGAUAUCACCGACGACAGAAGGGUAGUUGCCCAUUGUUACAUAGACGAAAUAAUGAAGUAUCUAGUGAAGAAAAUGAAUCUAGUGAAAGUCAAUCUGAUGUUGACGAUAUUGAGAGAAGCGGCCAACCGUCCACCAGCUACACCGGCGCCUCCAAUGCCCCUCUUGCCAACGAGACUGAACGUUUCAGUCUAAUACGACGAAAUAAUGAAGUAUAUAGUGAAGAAAAUGAAUCUAGUGAAAGUCAAUCUGAUGCUGACGAUAUUCUGAAAAGUGAAAAAGCAUCAAUAAAGCGUUUUCUAAAUGCUAAAUUUGAUAAAUUUAAUGAAAUAAUUAAUCAAGCAUCAAAAAAAGUUAAAAAAUUGAAAAAAACAGUUCUAAAACAUAAACUCGCUAAUAAUGAAUUAACAAGAAAGAAUUUAGAUUACGAAAAUACUUUAAAAAUACAACAAGAUCAAUUAUCAAAAAUUGAAGAAACGAUCAAAGAAAAGAUUUAUAGUGUUCUAGAAAGUGAUUUGCAAUGUUCCAUUUGUAAUGAAUUAAUGGUUAAGGCGUGUACAAUUAAUUGCAGCCAUACAUUUUGUGAAAUUUGUUUAAAUACUUGGUUGAGAGAAAAUAAUGUGUGUCCUCUUUGUCGAACUUCAGUUCAAACCGAAACCCUAAGUCUAUGUAUGGAUAACUUUAUUACUAAUAUUUGUAAUGUUCUUGGGAAUGAAAUAAAAGAACAUCGGGAAAAUAUACAACAAGAAAGAUUGGCAGCUUAUAGCCCACGAGUACCACAAAUGGCUUGGAGAGGUCGUAGAAGAAUAGGUAUACGUCGAAAUAUAUAACCUGCACAUGUUCAAUGAGAAAUAAUGCAAAGAAUUCAUGAAGUAAAUUUAUUAUUAUUAUUAUUAUUAUUAUUAUUAUGCGUAUAAUGUUCACCAAAUCGUUUCCACAGGCACCAACACCGCCAGCGACGACGUUUCCUCCGAACGGUCCAGCAUUACCAACAUCAAUGUCCACCGGGUGAACAAUUUCAAUCUACAGGGUGCCAACUUCUAUUGUUACAAUUCAGGAUAACUCAGCUACGGAACCUGGCGUGUUGUGUACGCGAUACUUACAAUGUAUACAUACACAUAUACGCGUUGUAAGGAGUAUUUGAAAAAGUGAACGAAUUAAUACCGUCUCACAUUCCAUAACCUCAAUAGUUGUACAGUAAAGUUGUGUGUUUCUUAACU